AGAGAACCCCAUUUCCAAGCGCAUGUACCUCCUAUGUAUCAGAUCAGGCUGUCGUGACAACCCCUCCACUUCUUGAUCACAAACUUCUACCAUAUACAGAGUACUCACACCCUACCUAUUGACGUCAACGCUCACACAAUGAGUACUGACCCUAACUACGACGUGGAUGCCGAGGAAGAGAUCUCCUUUGGCAUCGCACUUGCACCCAAAGGCGAAGAGGGGAGUGAGUUCCGCACUCAAAAUGAUCCAUUGGAUCUGUAUCAGCGCGAGAACAUCAUCGAACGCAAAGGCGCCGUGGACAUUCGCUGCUCCAGUGUCGACAUUAUUCACGGCCUAUUUGAUCCCGAUGGCGAUGAUUUGUGUACUCUAAUUGUUCUCGAAUUUCGAUUUGACCCGAGAAAACGAGCGCGACGCAUCGCACAUGUCGAUAUCGAGCUGAGGUUCUCCGCUAGCGAGAAAGGCGUAGCCGACCCCCAGGUUUUUGCUAUCGCGCCCAACGGCAACUUGAGAUUUGCUCAGACGACACAGACAGAGACAACAACUACUGGAGGCGACGUGACCCUUGGCGCAGGCGCGGCUGGAGUGGAAUUAGGAAGCGGUCUGAAGUAUGAGCGUGAAAUUGCAAGAGAGAUGAGCUACGCAGCGUCCGUCACAGGGUCCAUCGAUUUGCGCGGGCGAAACUAUGGCAAGCCAAACUGCGCGUCUUGGACGCUGCUGGAAAACCCUGAGACAAAGACUGGUGUACCUGUCUCUAUGAGAACCGCCAUUCUGCUCAAGAGAAGGGACGAGGGACGUUUCCAGUGCGUGGUGACCGUCAACGCCAAAGCCGACUGGAGAACGUCGAUGGAAUGGCUUGUCGGCACCACGAAGCGUGAUGACCCGGUACUACUUGAUCCGACGCUGGCUCCAACAAGUGAUAGGUACAAGGACAUGGAGAUGAAGCUUGGGGAACUAGAUCUAAACGCUGUCUGCGAUAUCACCUCGGCCAACGUGAUCGAGAACUCUGUGAAGACAAGUAAAAUAGGUAAUCAGAGCUCCUGAAGCAAAUUCUAUAGCAUUGACUCUCUAGUUGACUUGAAUACCACAGACCACCUAGACAGGCUACUCAGAACUUGAUCGAAAGUGUACAUCUCAGGUACCAACUGAAUCACGCAUUGGCAACUUUUUGCGAGCAUCCUUGGCGGAGCUUUGACCCAUUCCAUCCUUAAAAGUGGAGAUAGGCUUACUCGCUUAGCAAUAGCUUAAUCCUGUUCGAAAAUCAG